AUGGAUGAUCACCUUAAGCAGUUGGAGGACAGAUUGAUUGCACAAGCACAACGAGUAGAUGAUCAGUCAACUCAAAUCCAAGACCAGUCCAAGAAAAUGGAUGGAAUCAUGGAGUUGCUGUUAGAUAUGAGAAACCAGAUAAACCAGUUGAAGGAUAGUACAUCUGAAAAUGGCCAUAGCAGACAAGCAGGUGGUUCCCAUGGUCAACAUGCCAAAACAUUGGGGUAUACUCCUAAACUUUCAUUUCCCAAGUUUGAUGGUACCAAUACUCGAAUUUGGAUUAAACAAUGUAGCAGAUAUUUCAAUUUGUGUCAUAUACCUGAUGAACAAAAAGUGGAUUUAGCAUCAUUGAAUAUGGUAGAAAAGGCAGAAAAAUGGGUAACAAGUUACUUAACAUCAAGAAGAAAUGUAGACUGGGGGGAAUUUUGUUUGGAUUUAAUGGCUAGAUUCAGGGAUACUAGAGGCAGUAACACUGUUGAACAGUUUAAUAAACUCAAACAAUCUGAUUCCAUUGAAUCUUAUCUUGAUGAAUUUGAGGAUCUGAGGUCUGAUGUGUUGAACACACACCAUUCUCUACAUGGGGAAUACAUUUUGGAUAGCUUCAUUGGGGGUUUAGAUCCAGUUGUUAAACCAUUUGUGAAAGCUUUCAAGCCAAAUUCUAUUGCUGAGGCUGUUGAAUUUGCAAGACUGCAAGAAGAACAAAACAUGGCUUGUUCACAUCAGCCUGUUAACCCCACAUUUUAUUCAAACACAAGUAAACCAACAACCUAUUCUCAAAUUAACAAAGCCAUACAAGCUGUUCCUGUGAGUGUUAACAGACCAGCCCUCCUUCCUACCCCAACUACUAAACCUCAGUUACCUGUUACUAAGUUUCAACCCAAAUUUGCAAGAAACUUCAGACAUAUUCCAGCUGAUGUUAGAGCUGAGAAAAUAGCAAAAGGGUUGUGCUACUAUUGUGACCAACACUAUGACAGAAACCACAAAUGUCAAUUCAAGGAACCACAAUUAUUCACAGUGGAAAUUUCUAGCAGUGAUGAUAAGUUGGGCACUAACAGUGAUGAAGAAACUAAUGAUUCAGAAGAUGAGGGGUUAACUGAGCAUGUGCUUUCUCUCAAUGUUCUCUCUGGUAACCAAACAUUUCAGACAAUAAGGGUAAAGGGGCUAAUUGGCUCUAAACUAUUCCAUAUUUGGGUGGAUUAUGGAAGUACUCAUAAUUUUCUAGAUUUGGAUUUAGCCAAGAAGAUGGGAUGUAAAAUAGAGACAAUUCCAAUUCAGCAUGUUGCAGUGGCAGAUGGGAAUCACUUGAACUGUCAACAUGUGUGUAAAGAAUUUACAUGGGAAAUGCAAGGGAAAACCUUCAAAGCAGAUGAAAUGUUGAUUGCUUUGGGAGGGUGUGACAUGGUACUUGGAGUCCAGUGGCUAGCUACAUUAGGGCCAAUUAGUUGGGAUUUCAAGGAGCUAAAGAAGGAAUUCAUUCAAUCUGGUGAACAAUUUGAGUUGAAGGGUGUACUCCCUCAAAAGGUCAAGUUAGUGGUAGGAACUCCCUUUGCUAAAUUGUUUGACAGUGCAGUGCAAUUGUGUUUGUUGCAAGUAAGAGAUAUCACUUUUAUGAAACUGGAAGUGGAGGAAUCAAACAACAAACCUUUACCAACUGAGUUAGUUGCCUUGCAGAAAACUUACAAAGAUAUUUUUGCAGAUCCAGAACAACUUCCACCUCACAGGGGGGUAUUUGACCAUACAAUACCACUAGAGACAAACUCAAGACCUGUAUAUCAGACCAUAUAG